UUGCUGACUCCAAAAUUUCCCCAAAUCAGAAACCCUAAUUUCCCUCUCUCUCUCUCUCUCUCUCUCUCCGCUUUCUAUCUCUAGGUUUUCCGAUGGCUUUGACCAGAGAACAGUACCUGUACAUGGCCAAGCUGGCGGAGCAAGCGGAGCGCUACGAGGAGAUGGUUCAGUUCAUGGACAGCCUCGUCGUCGGCGCGGGCGGCGCCGAGCUGACGGUGGAGGAGCGAAACCUGCUCUCCGUCGCGUAUAAAAACGUAAUCGGCUCGCUCAGGGCGGCGUGGCGCAUAGUAAGCUCAAUCGAGCAGAAAGAGGAGGGGCGCAAAAACGACGACCACGUGACGCUCGUCAAGGAUUACAGAUCUAAGGUCGAAAACGAGCUCUCGCAGGUCUGCGCCGGGAUCCUGAAACUCCUCGCCGAUCAUCUGAUUCCGUCGGCGGCUUCCAGCGAGUCCAAAGUGUUCUACCUGAAGAUGAAGGGGGAUUAUCAUCGGUAUAUGGCUGAGUUCAAAGUUGGGGAUGAGCGGAAGCAAGCUGCAGAGGAUACUAUGCUGGCUUACAAAGCCGCCCAGGAUAUUGCGCUUGCUGAUCUUGCUCCCACACAUCCUAUACGGUUGGGCUUGGCCUUGAACUUCUCGGUGUUUUACUUUGAGAUUCUAAAUGCAGCUGAAAAAGCUUGCAAUAUGGCGAAACAGGCUUUUGAGGAAGCCAUUGCUGAGCUGGACACUUUGGGCGAAGAAUCUUACAAAGACAGCACCCUCAUCAUGCAGCUUCUCCGGGACAAUCUCACUCUUUGGACCUCGGACAUGCAGGACCAGAUAGACGAGGCUUGAACUCUCAAAACUGUCUAUGGUUUUUCUCCUCAAGGAGGUGGGCUUGAAUGUCAUAAAACCCCGUCUGUAAUUUGCAUAUAUAGGACUCGAUCGACAUGGCUAUGUAUCUCUCUUGUGAUUGUGCUUGCUGUCUUGUCGUGAUACUUGUUUUUUAUUUCGACUUUGGAAGCGAUUUCGCUCGUCGUCGUCGUGGAUUACUGUUCAAAUUAUUUGUGUUUUGUUCUUGAUUCAUAGGAUGUUGGGAAGAAAGAAUAUAGGGAUGGAAUGGAUUCCUUUUGCUGUUAUAUUAUCCUCUUCCAUGUCUGGGAAAUUUGUCUGUAGAA